ACCUGGAACUAUUUCUGCUCAGAGUGGGAGGAAAAGGUGUCUCUGCUUCCUGUUGGCAGAUGGUUUAGCGGUCUCUGCAUCAUACUGUGCUGAAAAGGAUACCUAUACAUAUGGACACACCAGCUUUGUUUUUGCCUCUGAUCCCCUGAACGCCGGCGAGUAUCGUCAGUUACAAACAUGUUGUAAACUAACUCUUUAAAUCCCAAAUAACUGAGCCACACCAACAACUGAAAGUAUUUUGUUCUCCUUGCAUUGAUUCCUGUUUCCAUUUCCUGUGUAAUGGACUUGCCAGUAAUGACCACAGUGAUCUGAUAGAAGCUGACAGGUCUCCAUAUUAUCCGUUUCUGUGAGCUCAGAGCUGAACUGUGCAAGUCUGGGAAAUAAAACCAAGAUGGGAAGGGCUGAACCUUGAUUUCUCAUUUGCUUUGAAGCUACAUGAGAAAAUAAGUUGCAGAAAUAGGAAAUAACGUUUUCCAGUAAUUUUGCUGGAAUCUUUGCCUCCUUUAAGCUCAUUUUUUAGGCUUUACAUUCUAAUGUCACAACCUCAGCAUCUCUGUGAUCUCUGAAAUUAGUUUAUUCCUGCUGAAAGGAUUUUUUUAAACCAUUAAAAGCAACGAAAGCCCUCGAACUGUCCGUAUAGCAUUUAAUCAAAACUGGUGUAGGCCAAGACAAAUUUUAAAGAAAACCAAGAGAAAAUCGUUCAGUUUGGAGGGUUUUUUUCUGCUGUCCUCGGUGACACUGAAAAAGUGAGCCGAACCUCCCACAUCUGUGCGCUCCGCAGCUCUCCAGCGGGUCUUCUGCUGAACUCUGCACCGCCUGCCUCCGCGCCCACGGGAUCUUCAUUAUUUUAGCAAAUCGCUGGAUCUUCCUUGAACACUUUGCGCGGAUCUCUCCCCCUCUUCCUGCCUCUCCUCUGUGGCGUCGGUCUGCGCCCUCCCUCGCUUCAUUAUCCUGCACCUGCAGGCAGCGGACGUCUUCUCCCAGAUUGCUCCUCUCCUUUUUACCACCAUGACUUCCACAAAAGACGCGAACGGGCCGGGGAAAGCGCCUCAGCAGAACGAUCAGGACCUGGUGGGCAGCGCGCCUCCCCAGAGGAACUGGAAGGGAAUAGCAAUCGCUUUGCUGGUCAUCCUGAUCAUUUGUUCUCUGAUCGUCACCUCUGUCAUCCUGCUGACUCCUAGUGAAGAUGACAGCCUCGCUCUUAAGAAGAAAGUAACCAUCGAAGACGUCUUCGGUCUGGACCUCCACAUCCACGAUCCAGAUGCUAAGUGGCUCAGCGACAAUGAACUGCUGUUUCGAUCGAGGGAUGGAGAUGUUGUUGAGCUGAAUUUUGACACAAACAAGUCGAGGCUCAUCGUACCUGAUCAGCUGUUUUACCGAUCCAGAGCUGCCAAGUAUCAGGUGUCUCCAGACAUGCAGCAUGUCUUGUUUGCCUUUGAUCUAAAACCGAUCUACCAGCACUCCUACAUGGCCAAGUACAUCAUUUACAGCCUCAUAACACAGGAAACUUGGUCUUUGAAUCCCCCCGAGGUGCAUGAAGCUGUGCUGCAGUUUGCUGGAUGGGGACCUCAGGGCCAGCAGCUGAUCUUCAUAUUUGAAAACAACAUCUACUACAGAGCAACAGUGGAGAGCCGAUCGAUCCGCCUGGUUUCCUCUGGAAAAGAAGGGGUCAUCUUUAAUGGUCUGGCUGACUGGUUAUAUGAAGAGGAGAUCUUGCAGACCCACAUUGCCCACUGGUGGUCACCUGAUGGGCUGCGUUUGGCCUACAUGACCAUAAAUGACACGCUGGUCCCUAAAAUGGAAGUCCCAUUUUUCACUGGAACACCGUACCCCACCAGCCUGGACUAUCAUUACCCUAAGGCAGGUGAAGAAAACCCUGCAGUGCACCUGUCAGUGGUGAGCCUCCACGGGCCCUUGCACACGGUGGUGAUGAAGAAACCCGAAGACCCACGAAUAGGGAGGGAGUAUUACAUCACCAUGGUGAAAUGGGCCACCAACACCAAACUGGCAGUCAACUGGCUGAACAGAGCUCAGAACAACUCCAUCCUCACACUGUGUGAGGCCACUACUGGAGUCUGUAUCAAGAAACACGAAGAUGAGAGUGAAAGCUGGUUGCAUCGGCAGAAUGAACCACCACUCUUUUCCAAAGACGGCCACAAGUUCUUUUUCACCAGGGCGAUCCCUCAGGGUGGCAGAGGGAAGUUUUUCCACAUCUCCAUGUCCACCUCACUGCCCAACUCCAGCAGAGACAUCCUUCAGUCCCUGACUUCCGGAGACUGGGACGUUACCAGCAUCUUGGCGUACAAUCACGUCAAGAAUCUCAUAUACUUUCUGAGCACAGAGGACGACCCAAAGCGACGACACUUGUACAGCGCUGACACAAUCCAUCAUUUUAACCGCUGCUGCCUGUCCUGUGACUUCAAGUGUGGCUAUGUGGACGUUUCAUUCAGCCACAACAUGAAGUACUUCCUGCUCAGCUGCAAGGGCCCAGAUAUACCAAGUGUGGCUGUUUACAGAACUGAGGACAAACAGAAGAUGUUUGACGUGGAGUUGAACGAGAACGUAAACGCCACGUACAACAAUAUGCAGAUGCCAAAAGUGGAGAACAAGACCAUCACCAUUGAUGAUUACACUCUGACGAUGCAGAUUCUGAAGCCAGCAGGAUUCGUAAACACAGCCCUCUACCCACUGCUGCUCAUAGUGGACGGGACACCUGGUGGACAAAUGGUGACGGAGCAGUUCCAGGUGGACUGGGCCACUGUUCUGGUCAGCAGCUUCAGCACCAUCGUGAUACGGUUUGACGGUCACGGCAGCGGCUUUCAGGGCACCAACUUCCUCCACAAGGUCCGAAGGAAACUGGGGAAGCUGGAGGAGAUGGACCAGCUGGAGGCGCUCAGAUUCAUAUCCAAAGAGCCGUACAUCGACAAAACUCGAAUGGGAGUUUAUGGAAAGGCUUAUGGCGGAUAUUUGGCUACACUGCUUUUGAGCGCUGAAGAGUUCAGUCUGCUCAAAUGUGGAGCUGCUGUCUCGCCCAUCACAGAUUUUGAGCUUUAUGCAUCUGCUUUUUCAGAGCGAUACCUAGGUCCAAAGACAGAUUCUAGAGUAUACACGAUGGCAAAUUUAGCUCACAGAGCGGGUCUGCUCCCGGAGAAACAAUACUUAAUAAUACACCCAACAGCUGAUGAAAAGGUUCACUUUCAGCACACAGCCAAAUUUAUCAACCAUUUAAUCAGCGAGAAGGCCAAUUACACUCUACAGAUCUACCCAGACGAGGGACACUUUCUACACAGCGAGGGCACACGGCAGCACCUGAGUCAAUCUCUGGUUAACUUCUUUGAGGAGUGUUUCCGGAAGCCAGAGCUGCAGUCAGAAGAGGAGGAUGAGGUGGAGGAAGACAGCUAAACCAGAGCAACACUGGCCAGCUAUAGUACCACAGCACAUCAACCCAAAUCUACGCUGCCCUCCCCUCUCCUGUUUAAUCCGAGUAUAUCUCUAAUCUGAAGCACCUGCAUGUGCACACAGGGCAUCUGCCUGCAUCCCCUCUGCUCGCCUCAUGCUGGCUGUUGUCGUGGAAACCAGCCCAACGAGGCUGAAUCGACCUCAGGUGUGAACAGCUGCAUCUCUCUACAGAUAUUUGGACUAGUUCUCCAUCUGGUGGACAAAUAAAGGAUCAACACAACCUCCUUUAAGCAAAGCGCCUCUGUCCCUAAACCGGCACCUUAGCAAGUGCUUUGCAGAAUAUCCCCCCUGUGAAGAUAAGCUCAUUAAACUGACGUUUGACUCUUAAUAGGCUGCCAGUUUCUGAUAAACUUGCCAACUAACUUGCUGAUUAUUGUGUUCAUGAUUACUGCAAGUUGUUUUUUUUUCAGAUUCUCUGUUUGGUGUCGUGUGUGUGUCAGAGAGAGAGAGAGUGUGUGUGUGUGUGGCUGCAUCAGUCUCAGAAAUCAAAGGCACAAUGUUUAACUUGUUUUAAAGUGUAAUUUUAUUAUUUGUUCCCACACUUCUGAGAUGAACUCGUUUUUAGUCGCUGUGCCUUAUUGUGGGUGAGAUGUUCACACUAUGAGCCCACGACACAGAAAAUUAGUCGAACUUUGUCCAAAUCGAGCAUCAGAGGUAUUUGGAGCAAAGAUUUGACUUUUUUUUUUUUUGUUCUUCACAACAAAUGGAAAAGUUUAAUGUAAAAUACUCAAAGCGUCUCAGAAAACAAUGUACUGACCCAUGAAGCUGUUUAGUUUCCUGUCUCCAUGUUUUCUGUCUAUAUUGGUGACUUGAACUAUGCUAUUUUUUUAAUUUUGUGGUAAAUUUCUUUUGUGUGCUCUUGACUCUUUCCUCGAGUCACUUCUGUUCGUACAGUCUGUUUGUACAAAGUGUAUAAAACAGAAAUUUGUCUUUGUUGUAUGUGCAACUUGUACAUAAAGCAUUUUGAAAUGUA